AUGCUCCCUGAUAUAAAUUGUAUUGAGCAUCAAACCUGGCUGAGUGCCUCUACCAGAAUCAUCCUGUCGCGUCUAUAUGCUACUAGCCCUCACAUCAUCCUGCUGCAGUCAACAACCGUGGAUUUAUUCUACCCAGCCGGGAUGAAUCACAUUCGCUUCUACCAGCCUAAAAUCUUCACCUCGCGCACAGAUGAAACUUCUAUGCCUUCUCAUGUCCACUCUGAGACAGAAAAUAACAAGAAAGACUCGAAAGCCCCCCAGUUACCGACUACAAUGCAUGGUAACCAUCCCCUUCCCAGAAAGCCCCCACCUACAUCUCCAGCCAAUGAGGGUUCUGUCUCAUUACGAGGCAAACCUGAAGAUAUAUCUCCAGGUGUAAAGGCACUCCUGGCUUCCACAUCAGAAAGGGCAGAGGUCGCGCACCUGGAUACGGAUGCACAACAGAUAAAUACUGUACGAGAAGAACAAGGCGAACACAUUUCUACACGCAAUAAAAGUGGUAAUAGCAAAUGUGCACCCAGUUCUUCAACCGUUGAACCACAAGCAUCCCAUUCGGGAUAUUCCAAUUUCAGGUCCACGAGCAAGGCAGUGGAGGCAAAAUCCGCACCACUAAUCUUAGCCUCCGGUGAUCAACAACCCGGGAGUCCGAGUAAACUUGGAUCGUCCAAUCUGGAAGACUGUUGCAACCGAUCUUGCAGCAUGGAUCUGACAAACUCCCCUUGUUGUUUAAAUGGUCAAGGUACAAAACAUAUGUCACCGACGUCAGAGCACUCUGAUACGUGUUUGGCAUCUGAACGACCAAGGGCCGACAUGCACUUCCUGGAGAACCAAGCAAAAAGCACUGAAAUCUCGGGCCGACCCAGAAGAACAACUGUUGAAGUGGUAGUGCCCUCUCGACGCCGCCGUUCUCUGAUGCAAGCAAAUUUAGCAGAAUCUGGCUCAGACAAUGAUGACCCUGGCGACACAGAUUUUCGGACAGAGUCCAGCGAAUCGGGAGAGGACCUCGCACCGUUAACCAAUCCACGCAAGCGUGUUUGUGGGAUGCGUCCCCGCAAACGCAGGCACAUCAGACAUCUGACCAGCUCUUCAAGGGGGAUGUCGAACCCUGCAGCGUCUCAUUCAACAGAGUCUACAGGGCGCUAUCCACAACGUAUCUCGCCAGUCUUUACUGCCACGCCUACUACCCGCACUUGCUCUUCAUGUGAUUGCACAUCACAAUCUAUCUCUCGGCAUAGCUCGGGUAGUUGGUCCGACCUUCUAAGCCCAGAUACCUGCUCUCGGGGAAGGGUACCGGUGUGUGGCUAUCUCGAGAUACUGCCGGGAAAUUGCAAUGAUACCCUUACAUAUCGCCCUUCUUCACUGUGCUCAGGAUGCAGGAGACAAGAUCGUCAUCAUCCUGAAUUUGACGAAUCUCACGUAAGUGCGGAUAUGGCUAGUCCCUCUAGCCUUGACCUGGGUUACCCAAGAACAGGAGGAAGAUUCACAAAGGUGGAAGAUCAGCUCAUUGUCAUACUGAAAAACUAUGGGUUAUCUUGGAAGGAAAUGGAGCCCUUUUUCCCGCAACGAAAGUCAACAGCAUUGCAAAGCCGUUGGUUCCGGCAGCUACGGACGGGAUGA